GACGGAAAUUUUUAUCGUCCGAUUUCAACAACAGAUCUCAUUUCUUGGUCUUUUCAAAUAGCUCGAGGAAUGGGUUACCUGGUUAGCAAAAAGGUUCUCCAUGGGGAUCUGGCCGCCCGAAAUAUUCUGCUCGCUGACGAUGGAAUAGCCAAAGUGGCCGACUUUGGAAUGGCGAAGAAAAUGUAUUACGAAGAAAAUUACGAAAAAGGAGGACAAGGUUUGAUGCCGGUCAAGUGGAUGGCGAUUGAAUCCUUGAUUGAUCGCAUCUUUUCCAGUCAAUCCGACGUUUGGUCGUACGGAGUCCUUCUCUGGGAAAUAUUUUCUUUGGGCCGAGUUCCAUAUCCAGGUAUAGACGUCGGUCACAUACUCAUGAAAGAAAUUCUAAAAGGAUAUCGAAUGGACAAACCAGAAUUGGCGCCCAACUUCUUCGGUGAAAUGAUGGCCGAUUGCUGGAAAUCGGAUCCGAAAGAGAGGCACACCUUCAGUCAAAUGGAAGAAAUUAUCUGCAGCCACAUGGAGUCGUCGGUCAGCUCGGACUAUUUGAAUAUGAACGCGCCAUAUGCCAAGCUCAACCAAGAAAAGGAGAACGCAACGCCAAAGGAUCAAUUUGGAUUGGCCAAGUUGUUGAGAGAAAAGUCUGGAACUAAAUCGAAAAAAUUCGCCACGCCACGAAAUUCAAUGUUUCCUAUGCGAUCUUCCAAAAAAGUUGCGGAUUCUGAUCUGUAGCCGGGCAAUGCGCUGCACCGAGUCCAGGCGGUAGUUCCAGUACAAUUUUUUACCCAUUUGUAGUUUGUUAUGUUACCCCGACCCUUAUUUUCUUUUUGUCUAUUUUACCGUCUCUUCCUUUUAUUUGUUGCAUUAAAAAAAUUUUCGUGUUCACCAGAAUGACGAAUUGACGAUGUCACUUGUCAUCAGAUUUGAAAUAUGUAUAGAAAGUGACAUUUUUAUCUUAAGAGUUUUGCGUAAAUCCUGUUCAAAGUGUGUUAAUCAGCGACUGGUUGAUUAAAAGGCAAAACAAAUUUGCAAAUGAGUAUUGAGUAUUGGGUUACGAACCCCAAAAAAGGCUAGUUGAUUCCUUAUCUGGAGAGUUGGCCAUGACAACCGUUCUUCCUUCAUCGAUUCAUUGAAGCUGUCAGGUGUCAGAAUUUGGAUUAAAUGUGAGUAAAUUUGUUGUUUUUAUAUCGUUGAAAAAUUCUGAAGGGAAUAUGAGUUUGGACAAGGUGAGAUCAAUAUUAAAUCUAAAAUCUUUACUUGUUUGAUGGCCGGGACGAUGGCCACCAACAGUGACAACGGGAGCAACCAAGUGUGUCACGGUACUAUUUCUGUCGUCGCGUCUCCGUUUGUCGUUCUACCGACAUCCUUAUAGCUUCUUCCCUUUUCAUCAACUUUAUCCUGAAGGCAUCUAACAGAUAGUGAGGACUGAGGACUUAAAAAAGAGAGACAUCGAACAGCUCCCGAUCAGGCCAAAUGGCAGAGAUCUGAGGACAUGGCUGAAUUCAUAGUGGGACCACCAUCUACUCCAUCAGCUCUAGAACAAAAGUUGCAGAAUGCAGAGACAGAAAUCAAAUACUUAUUUGUAUCUACAGGCGCAUUGGCUCAAGGAGCACUUCAUGAAGACAAGCAACCAAAGGUAAGACGAAAUCUCUCACAACUAUUCAUCUAAAUGGUAGAUACACUUUUGGGGCCAUCGAAUGGAAUCAAACAAUCAUGGAAUAGUCCAUCCACUUUUUUGCCAUCCUUUCAACUUCUUUUCUUGGCUCUUUUUUCAUUUUUUUUGUAGAAGUUGGAUAAGAUUGUGGAUUUCCUAGUCCGGAGUCCCUGCUAAACCGCAAAUAAUGAUGACGCGUUUUCUCCAGUUCCUUUCAUUCAUUAUUAAGCUGUUACGGACGUCUAGUUAAUAAUCCUUGUUAAGUUAAGUUAUUCCUUGUCGAUAAGGUUGCCAACGAUGGUUUAGGGGUUGAUGUUGAUUUCGUUAUCUUGUUCGUUUGAUGAAUGCCGCCCUUCUGCUGCUACAGUCACAUGAAAAAGAAUCAAAACUGAAAGCUCGCCCUGUGUCAUAGCACUUGUUCCAUGCUGUGCAACCGUAAAUCUUUCUAACAUUUCUUAGCUUGUUUUCUUUUGUCCCCUAUUUUGUAAAAAAAAAAGGAUUUAAUGACCUCCCCUGACGAAGUUGUUUGAAAAUAAAGAGGGUGGAUCUUGAUGGCUCGCCUUCGGUUUCAACAGCAACCAUUUUCGGGGAAUUAUAUCAACUUGGGUGGCGAGCAAACGUUGGGCAAAGGACAACGUCGAUUAUCAGAAUCGGAGUAGGACAACGUCAAGUUUCAAAAACAACGUUCCGACAGAAAUGCGACAAUGUAUCGACAGUCUUCCACUUGUUUUUGUUCUGUUGAGUUAAAUUUUGUUCUUCUAUUCUAUUUGCAUUCCCAAUUAUAUUGGUGUUCCUUAUUGAUUAAUCAUUAGUCAUUAUGGCUGCUCCUAGUAUGACCGAUCUCUUUUGCAAAGCCGUCAGCAAAGGUUCGUUAGAUGAAUUAAACGUGUUAUACCGAAAACACGGACCGGAGGGAAUCGUGGCUAAUUUGAUGGAAACUGUUUGCAUUCUCAAUCAUUUAAUUAUUUGUGUUCCUUAGUCGUUAGUCGUUAUGGCUGCUCCUAGUGUGUCCGAUCUCUUUUGCAAAGCUGUCAACGACGGUUCGUUAUUUCAAUUAAAAGGCUUACGUCAGAUUCACGGGCGGAAGGCAAUCAUUGCCAAUUUGAUGGAAACUCCCUGCAACAAUCAAGGCGAUACGUGUCUUAAAGUGGCUGUUGAAAACGAAUUUUACGACGUACUCAAGUUUCUAGUGCUCCAAUUGAAAGGGCACAUUAUGUGUGGAUUGUACAAGACAUGGAGAAAAUGUAUAGAAAUCUUUAGUCCUUUUUCAUGGGAAACGUGUACUUUCAAAGAAGAUACAGAGCCGUUUGUACUGUCACCUGACAUUGCGCUCAUUCGCGACAUUUGCCAUCAAAUGCCAAUUACCAAACUGAUGGAACUUAUCGUUGAUGUUACGAAUGACGAGCCUCUAUGGUUAGAGUUUGUGUUGCGCUCAAUAAUGGCAAGUUCAAUCCCCCGGCCAGAUAAAAUUGUUGCGCUAGAAUGUAUGGGCAUCGUUUUCAUCUUCAAACAAACAUGUUCCCCUAUUCAUAAAAAAAUUCAAGAUCUCAACGUGCUCAAUGAAAUUCUAUUUUGGCGUGGACCACGUUGUUGGAAAGAAGCUUUGAUUCUGCGUAAUUUGACGGCGGAUGGUGACCCAGCUAUACCAAAAGUUCCCUGCAAACAGUCUGAAAUGUUACGUAAUGCUUUUGGGGACGUAGCCGAAAUGACGACAACGGAAGAACUGGAACAAUUGGAACAACAGCGUUCCUACCAGCCCCUCGAUGCUCAGGCCCUUCUCGUUGGUCAUUGCAUCUUUACUAGGCAAACUAGCACUGGCCUGAAUUCUUUUCACCUGAAAAAUUUGUUGCUAUGUUCCAUAUUUCGUUGCAGUCGUACAUUCCACCUUUGUCUAUUCAUCCUGGAUCAGUCAUACGGGUUCACUUCCUCUUCUCCGCUUAAAUGCAUUGAUCAUUUCAUUACCGCAGUUCAUAGAUUGUUCGACUUGUUUUAUCAAUUAUGGGCAGAUCACGGCCAUCCGAAAACGGGAGAAAUAGCAUCGAAAAGUCUCGUGCUAACCGUGAAGUAUACGUUAGCAGUUUUAACUAACGUGUCGUCGGUGCGUCCACACUUCCAACUUCUUGACAGAACUUGGCAGCAUGAUAUUCAAAGGAAAAUUUACGUUCUGUUAUCAAAAGGGAUACACCACUUAACCAAAGAGCAAAUUGAAAAUGUAAAGGAAAGCCUUGUCCCGUUUUUCCGCAUUUAUAACUCAAAUCACGGCUUUCUCAGCCUUCUUCAGCUGGCGGUUGAUGAAUGUCAUAGGUUCUCUAGAGGGAGUCCGACUAGUUCAACCAAAGUUCAACUCAUUCAGCUAAUGUUGGAUGCUGGAGCGGAUCCCCAAACUAUUGGCAGUGAUGGCGGAACUCCGUUUCACUGGUUGUUUCAAGGUUCCUACUGGGCAUCUGCGCAUUGGGAAUUUAAAACAGUUGUCAAGGCGAUGUUGGAUGCUGGAGGCCAUCUCGAUCAAGCGACUAAAAAUGGGGAUACCGUUAUCAGUUUAAUUAAAGAAAAGAAAAACGGGAGAUUGAGAUUUGACAAGUUCUAUCAUGAUCCUUAUUUUGACUCUUUUAUUUACUCUGUUCUUCCGCUUUCGUGCUCUUGUGCGCAAUUUAUCAGACAAAAUCAAAUCCCGUUUGAAAAUCAAUUGCCUCCAAGAUUGCAAUCGUUCGUCCUACUCCACAGCGAUGUCAAAAUAACAUGAAUGAAAAGGAUUCAACGUGUCAAUCUGUCUUCUGACUACAAUACUACCUGGAAAUAACACACAUGGACCGGCGUUAACAGAUCAAAUUAAAGAAAUGCGCGACAUGCCCUAGUGUUGGAAGCUAGUAAUUUUCAAUACACUUAACGUUUUAUAUCGAUAGCUAACUAAUAAAACUAUUAUUGAUCUUAA